AUGGGUGGGAAGCAAUCUCGCAGUUUGUCCAACAAGCAGUUGGACGAGGUGAGUGUGAAGAAGGGCGCCACGAGAGACGACCAGCCCAGCGUGUCCUCGGCUGCCGAGAGGAUCCGCAGGCACGCCACAGUGCACUUUGGCUACAGCACCCUCAGCCUGGCCAUGCGGGGGCUCGACGGGACCCCCACCGAGCUGUGGGAGCUCCGAGAACUGCAGAAGCUAAACUUGUCCAUGAACUGCCUGUGCUCUCUGCCCCCUGCCCUUGGCACUCUGGACAAUCUGGUGAUCCUCAACCUGUGGGGUAACAACCUGUCCAGCCUGCCGCCUGAGAUCGGCCUCCUGAAGAAGCUGCGUGUGCUGUUCGCCUGUCGCAACCGCCUGAGUGAGGUCCCGGAGGAGCUGGGCUCCUGCGCCUGCCUGGAGGUGCUCAGCCUGGCCAACAACCAGAUCACGGGCCUCCCUGGCAGCCUGGCGACCAUGCACAGUUUGACCAAACUCAACCUCAGCUACAACCGCAUCGUUCACAUCCCCACCUGCGUCUACAGCAUGAAGGGCCUGGUCUUUCUCCACCUGGCCUGCAACCGCCUGGAGACCAUCGCGGACCAGAUCCAGGACCUGGUGAACUUGAAGAUCCUCAUCGUGGAGGGAAACAGUAUCCACACGCUGCCUAAGACGCUGUGCUUCCUCGAGUCCCUGGAACUCCUCAACGUUGACUUCAAUGAACUGCAAAACGUUCCGAUGGAGAUGUACCUACUGAACAGGCUCGGGAGGUUGGCGUGCCACCCGAUGGACAAAGGACUUCACAUUGUUCACAACCCCCUGCUCAAGCCCAUCAAGGAGGUGCUGCAAGGAGGACUCAGCGCCCUCUAUAACUACCUCAAGCCCUCAUGA